UCUGCCCAGGGCUAUGGCUGAUGAAACCAAAAAGUCUCCGUGCCCCGGCGCCUUUCCAUGUGAGGCUGGGACCGACCGCCCCUCCUUUUAUUCUUUCCUCCUCCUCCGAGACUGUCAGUCAAGCAGCAGAAUCUGCAAACGGCCGGAAGCGCUGGGAAAGAUGCGACCAGCAGCAGCAGCAGCAAGAGACACGUUGGAGCAGCUGCUGCAGUGUCCGUCCGUCCUUCGCUGCCACCCAGCCGAGCUGAGAUAGAUGGAUGGGAUACGAUCCAGUCCAGGAAACAGGAGGGAGGCGCAUUAAAUGAGACCCCUGUGCCUGGCAGGAGACAGAGGAAAGACCAGAAGGGGCCAGAUCUGAAUUGGAUGUGGGAGAAAAGAGAUAGAGGGAAACGCCUACAGAGCCAGAAGAUCUCUCUCUCUGUGUGUCUCGCACACACACUUCUCCUCCGAGCAGUCUUUCCUUUCCGGGGCUGGCUAUAGAAAGCCCUGCCUGAAGAUUGCACUCUGGGCUGUGCUCUUCUUCUUUUUUUUUUUAACUUCUAUGUGCCUGUGAAGAAAACUUUCCUGGAUCUUGCCAUUUUUUUGGAUGUGGUGACAGACAAAAAAAAAUCCAAUUUCCCCUUCUAAAGGACAAGUGGGAGGAAUUUCUGCCAGGGGACAGCUAUGGCUGCUGUAAGCACCGCAAUCUCCACCAUGGCCAGUAAGACCAAGACUAAGAAAAAACAUUUUGUGGCCCAGAAAGUCAAAUUGUUCCGAGCCAGCGAUCCUUUGCUGAGCGUCCUGAUGUGGGGAGUGAACCACUCGAUAAAUGAACUCAGCCAUGUCCAGAUACCCAUCAUGUUGAUGCCAGAUGACUUCAAAGCCUAUUCUAAAAUCAAGGUGGACAAUCACCUUUUUAACAAAGAGAACAUGCCAAGCCAUUUCAAGUUCAAAGAAUAUUGUCCGAUGGUUUUCCGAAAUCUGAGGGAGAGGUUUGGAAUAGAUGAUCAAGACUUUCUGAACUCUCUUACUAGAUAUUCCCCCCUAGCCAAUGAUUCCCAGGCCCGCAGUGGUGCCCGAUUCCAUACGUCCUGCGAUAAGAGGUAUAUCAUCAAAACCAUUACCAGCGAAGAUGUGGCAGAGAUGCACAAUAUACUAAAGAAGUACCAUCAGUUUAUCGUCGAAUGCCAUGGCAACACACUUCUGCCACAAUUCCUCGGCAUGUACCGGCUAAAUGUGGAUGGCGUCGAAACAUACAUGAUUGUUACUAGGAACGUGUUUAGCCAUCGACUCUCCGUGUAUAGGAAAUAUGAUUUAAAGGGCUCGACUGUAGCAAGAGAAGCUAGUGACAAAGAAAAGGCCAAAGAGCUGCCAACCUACAAGGACAAUGACUUCAUUAAUGACGGGCAGAAGAUCUAUAUAGAUGAAAAUAAUAAAAAGAUGUUUCGUGAAAAACUUAAAAAAGAUGUGGAGUUUCUAGCACAACUAAAGCUCAUGGACUACAGCCUACUGGUGGGGAUCCAUGACGUGGAGAGAGCGGAGCAGGAGGAGGUGGAUAGUGAGGACAAUGAUGGGGAAGAGGAAGGGGAGAGUGACGGGACAUAUCCAGUCGGCACACCACCAGACAGCCCAGGGAAUACACUGAAUAGCACACGGCCACUGGCACCUGGGGAAUUCGAUCCUGCGAUUGAUGUGUACGGAAUUAAAUGCCAUGACAAUGCCCCAAGGAAAGAAGUGUAUUUCAUGGCUAUUAUUGACAUAUUAACACACUAUGAUGCAAAAAAGAAAGCGGCUCAUGCAGCGAAAACAGUUAAACAUGGUGCUGGUGCAGAAAUUUCCACUGUUAACCCAGAACAGUAUUCUAAGCGUUUCUUUGACUUUAUUAACAAUAUUCUGACGUAGCCUCACCUGCCGGCAAUGGAAGGUCAUAGAAGAGAGGACAGCUAUGGAUACAGCAUGGAUAGAGACCCCAACAACAGGACUUGCUGUUACUUAAUGCUUCCCCUGCGGUGAUCACUCCUCCACCCCUUGUAACAUGACAUCUUCUGGCAAAGAUGGUACGCCUGGGGAUCACAGUCUUCACUCGCUGCCUGGCAUCGCCCUAGAUAUGUUUUUUUUUCUUUCUAACUCUUUUGUGUCCCCGUAAAGAAGGAAAGCUUUGACCACUCUGCAGGAAUAAUGCACAGAUACUAUUGCCAGCAAAACAAAGGAAUGGACAGCUAAGGAACGGUAGAGUCAGGCUAAGCAACCUGCAUGCUUUCUCUGCCCAUCUGCCAGGAACGGAUUAAAGCGACGUCAAGACGUAAACUGUAGAUCAGUUUAUUUUUAUUUUAAUAUUAUUUUUUAACUUAGUGGGGCAAGGCAGUAUUCAUGGAAAUCACUCGAGAAGCGCUAUCUUUUUAUUUUUGCAAAACGUUGCUCUCAGCAGAACAUAUUCAGCCAACAUAAUGCGACGCAGUUCAUUGCAGGACUUGAGAUGCUGGCGAGGAUCAUAGACAAGUGUCACAGGCCCCAGUCGCUCCAAUGCUCUUUGAGUGCCAAAGAAGCAAUGCACUCUGCUUUGGCACCCAAAAAGACUCCGGUUUAAAUCUGCACCUUGGAAUCGGUAAUGCCAUAAUAUUUCCGCCUCUAUGUCAUAUACUUGUCUGCCACAAAAAAAAAAAUCUGCACUUCA